AUGAAAUAAUUUGUUAACCCAGUUUUUCAGCCUGUAGAUCACUCUAUGUCAAUGAGUUAUCGUAGAUCUGAAUACGUACCUAAGAUACCUCAACCUACAAUAGGAUCGGAUUUGCCUUGCGAAUUUGAUAAAAUAUUUUCAUCAGAAACAGACAUUUCAUCCAGGCUGAAUGAUAGCAUGAUACAACCAUUCGACAAUCGCAAUUUUUACAUUGAUUAAUCGCCUGCUUAUAGGGGAACAACCGAGAGUCAAUUCCAUAAUAACACUCUAUCCAUUACGUAGGUAGUUGACUAGAAAAAAUAUAAUUAAGAAAUCAUCAAAUAUUCAGAGGAAGAUAGUUUAAUAAAUUCAUCAUUUUUUGGCGUUCUUAAUUAGGAGAAUUUCUCAAGACCAUUAUAAUAGAUGGAUUCUAUUUACAGGAAAUUUGAAGAACCAAGUUAAUUCAAUCAGAACACAAAAAAUGCCUAAACACUUUGCGACGAGGAGUUGAGAGCUGAAUUGUAAGAUCAAGUCUAAGAUCUUCAUACCAAUAAUAAAUUUAUUACACCCUUUCAGUUUUAGCAAUUUAAUAAACCAAUCCAAGAUGGCUCUAAUAUGUUAGCAAAUCCUAAUAAUAAUUAUCCAGCAUAUGAGAACAGAAGCACAACUACCAAUUUAUACUAACCACUCGAUCAAAAUUACAAAUCAUAAUCAAUAAUGUCAUAAUAACCCAAUAUGUAAUCUUUACAAAACAAUAAAGACCCAAUUAAAUACACUCCCACUACAUACAACAACACUUAUUCUAAACCUAUUGAAACUAAUCCUGUAAUUCAAAAUACCCCUCCAAAAAGUAGGUUUAUAUCUCCAACAAUGUAGAAAUAAAUAGAGUAAUAAUAAUAUUCUGAAAAUUAUUAAAGUAAUUAUUAAAGUUCUCAUAAUAAGCCAGAAAAAUUCAGGGUUAACAGUCCAGAUUAAUUUGAAACAAUCAAAAUUACCGAGAUAGUCAAUGUUGAUAACUCAUAAAAUUACUCACUCACUUCCCCCUCACCUUCUGCACCAAUAUUACCAUUAAGACAUUCUAGUUUCAUAAAUAAUAAACCUGAAGCCUAAAUCAAUAAAAAAAAUACAGAAGUUUACUUCUCAUAAAUGGUUUAGCCUAUGGCCAAUCAAAAAGUAUUACAAAGAACCAUUGUCAAUAGAGUUUAGGAUAACGAUUAUUAAUUGGAUGCUCAAUUAUAAUAAUAUUCCAGAAAAAUUCAAUCACCCAAUAAAACUAACCCAAUCCUAGAUUAAUAAUCUAGGCUAUAAAGUAAUCGCACUUCUUAACAAUAGAUUGUUAUUCCUUAACCUCAAAAAUAAUCAUAAGCCAUUUAAUCUCCAAUCAAAUAUCCUUAAUCACCUACUUUACUUACAAUGCAAUAAGAAAGGUUGGAUCAAAAAGAACUAUUUUUAUAAGCAGAAAAAGCAAUAAAAUUUUAGAGAACAUAACCUAAAGCCAUCCUACCUGAGUGGUAAAAUUACUCAAAUAAAAAGGAACCUAAAUAAUUGCAGAAAAACAACUAGGCAUUUUCUAAAAAUAAUGGCAAUAAGUAAGACGAUCUAUAAGUAUUGUGUGUUAUAUGCGAAGAUCUCAUUCCUUUUGAGGAUGUAGAUUCUCAUUCCAUUAGUUGUUUGGCUAAAUCUAAACAAUAAGCAAAAACACAGAAUGCUCAUACUCUUAUUCUAAAUCUAAAUCAGAAAUUAGAGUAAUUAAAAUAGAACAUUAUUAUUCAAUCUAAGCAAUUAGAAGAUGAGUUGAUGAAUAAUGAGGAAAUAAUUAAUUGCAUUACAAAAAUAAUCCAAUGCUCCUAAAACUAUAAGAAACUCAAGCAGUACAAUGAGUUAUUGGCGUAACAGUAUCAGAAGUACUAAUCAAAUUUUGAUCAAAAACGAUUCAUUAUGAUACUGACCUUGUAAAGGGUUUUGGCAGUUUCAUAAGAGAAGCAACUCAAAUUAUAGUUUGUAGAAGAAAGCUAAAACAAUUAAUUGGAAGACGAGAGCUUUUUAUAAAAUGAACUCAGCAGAUUAAAUAAAUAGGUUGAGAUUGAGAAAGCUAAUUUAGAGCAAGCCAAGUUUGAAUAAGAGUUAUUUAAGAAAAUUUAAAAGGAGGACUUAGAAAAUAUGAAGUAUUUGAGAGCACAAUAUUUGGAAUAGAAUGUAGACAACGAGGUUCUGUCCUAAAUCAACUCGGAAUGGGAUGUAAGGAACCCAGAAACUAAAACCAAUAGAGUGACAAAUAGUAUUGUAUCAGAUAUCUAAUACUAACGAGAUUUCGAUGGGUUGGCAAUUCGUAAGGAGGGAAGCAGUCCCACAAUCAUUUUGAAUGAAGAUUAAAAAAAAGCAUUUUAUUAGUUAGCAGUUCAGAUAAAAUUAAAUCUACCUCAUAACCAUCCAGGCAAAAACUUAUUACUUUAGGAUGCAUAUGAGAAGGCUGUGAGCUUAAAGGUAUCUAGGAAUGGGUGGGAGAAGUUUAUCAUAGAAGAAAUUAUAAAUAUCCAAUAAUGA